CCCGCCGAGCCCGUCUUCCCCGACCAGCUUGUCGUCCCUGACCAGCUUGUCGUCCCUGAUCAGCUUGUCGUCCCCGACCAGCUUGUCUUCCCCGACCAGCCCGCCUUCCUCGACCAGCCCGCCGAUCCUGUCCUCCUCGCCGGCUCUAUCGUCCCCGCUGAGUUGGCCAACCUCGACAACGGCAACGGCAACGGCAAUAGCGACAUUCCCCUUCCUUCUGUGGAAGCGGACGAUGAGGGGCAUCAACCGCUUGGGGAGCUUGUGUACUUCGAUGAGCACAUGGGACCUCAGGCCGUUGACAACAACAACAACAACAACAACAAUAAUAGCAACAAUACGAACCCCGCCGGCCUACUUCAAGUUGAUGUCUUUGGCAAUAACCCGCUGAGUAAUAUGAAUGCCAGCACCCCCGGCACGUACCAAGCGGGCAACCUGGACCCUCUUGCGGCGGAAUAUGCCCUGAGUAGUCUAGGCUCUCAGCCACAGCAGGUGGGUGUGGUACCUGUUGUAUCUGCCCCGGUGAUGCCGCAGCCGGUUGUUUCCCCGGUGAUGCCGUCCCCCUCCCCGUCCCCUGCCCCCAACCAAGAGGGCCAACAGCAGGGACGGCAGGGCCAACAGCAGCGACAACAGGGCCAACAACAGGGACAACAGGGCCAGCAGCAACAGCAGGGACAGCAGAACCAGCAACAAAAGGAGGACAAGCCCUGUGACUUUGCCGACCAUGUCCUCCAGAGGACUUGGGUCCUCGAAUACCGUACAGUACCUCUAGAGGACCCCAACGCCCUACUGUCCGAACAGUUGAAGGCGUUGUAUCCCGAUGCCUUUGCGGGUCUUCGCCCGCGCCAACCGUCCCCUGACCAGCAACUCCCGGCUCCCCAGGCUCAGCAACCGGCCGGAGUUCAGCAGCCCUCGCCCCCCUUGUCCUCCGCUCAGCCCUCCCAGUCUCCGCCCCCUGCUGACGCUCCCCGCAAGCGUGGUCGUCCCAAGGGCUCUCUGAAUAAGAAGACCUUGGAGAACAUGAACCUUCACAGGGUCAUCGGCUCCAGCGCGCGGGUGACCAAGAGCGUCAGUAGGGGCGCUAGCAUUGAGCCGGAUACAUCUAAAUCAGCAAGCAAGACGCUCACGGAGAGGUUCGUGCUGGCCCUAAGGAUGCAAGCCGAGGCCGAUGCGGAGUUUAGACUCCUGCGCCGGUACCGACACCAGGAGCAUUUCGCACGCAUGUCAGGGCAGCCUCCGGCCAACGAGGAGGAGCUGUCUGACGAGCAGUGGAAGGCCAGGUUGGAGGAGGAGGAGGAGGUAAAGGCCAAGUGGAGGCAGGAAUUCUUGGACGGCCGUCUCGCCGCGGAUCCGAGACUCCGGGCGCGGAUCGGCGAGGAGGGGAUGAUGGUGUUGUUCCCCGGUUUUAGACCGGCAGGCGGCAACACUGGGGCUGAUUAUGGCUCGGAUUCUCUGGUAUAUAACGGCUAA